UUGACCCUGUGAAGGAUAUUGCCUUUGUUUCAUUAUUAUUCCAUUUUCCAUGACAACAAAACGAAAAUGGCGAACACCAGAAUUUCGCUUCCCGUUCAUCAUCCUUGGUCGAUGAGUACAAUUUUGGCUCGCGUGUCAGAGGAAUAGAAAAUAUACAUCAAAAAUUUCCGUGGAUUAUCUGCUUCUCUGAAACUUGCAGUUUUUGAAAACCACACCAACUGUUCUCUGUUCCGUUGCUGUUGGAUCGGUCGUUUGUCAUGAAUUUUUUAUGGCCUAUUAAUUCAGCCAUUGCCGCAGACAAUAUGUGAAGGAAAGGCUUACGUUGAGAUAAAAGAAGUCAACAGAAAAGCAGCGUACAAGUUAAUAGAUAAAUGAAAAACUGAGAUUUUGUCUUCUUUGUCUUUUGCGAGCUUGUUUUUUGAAGGUUGAUAAAGACAGAGGUCAACAGCACAGACAAUUCUUGUAUGGAAAGAACAGCGGUGUUUCGGAAUAAAACGUGAAGUUAUCUGUGAUUUUUGAAAGCCUUUUUCUUCGAAUGCAGACAAGAAUGAGCAACAGUCUGAGUUAGUUGGCGGAUAUGGAUUCAAAAAAAAUGGCAGAGGAUGAAGCACCAGAUAUGAAAUGGCCUGUUCCGUACAGGAUUUUGGAGAAAAGAAGGAGCUGUGAACUUACUCAGAGAAUUUCUCCAUGCAUAGAAAAAGCAGUGACACAUUUAUAUGAGCUGGAAGAUAGACUGUUUGUGAUUAGACAAAAGGAGAUGCAAAAGAUCCAGACAAAAGGAGACAACACUAGCAAAACAGAAACACAAAAUUCUAACUGGCUGGUAACCCAAGAUCACUUUGAUCGAAAAGACCAGCAUGUUUUGUCAGCCAGUGGUGCAAAACUAGAGAUUACUGGCGCUGGUCUUCGUAAAUUGCCCAUAGAUUUUCAGAUUGACAAAAAAAACAGUGAUCUGCCUGAUUUUGGAGAACGCGUUGUCAAGGAGACCUUGCUCCUUCUGGGUAGACUUGAGACUGAUAGAGUGAAUGCUACGCAGUCAUUGGCUUCUGAGAAACACAGAGUGCGUAUUCUAAAGGCAAAAAUAGACGACUAUGCUCAUCGCAGAAUGCAUUUCCUGCCGAUUGCAGUUCAGAAAGAACAUGAGCUGUGUGCUUUUAACAUUCAAGAGUUGAAAUGGCACUUUGCAUUCAAAGGAAGAGCACGUGAUCGGGUUGCAGAAAAGCUUCGUGUUGCAGAAAAAGUCAACAGAGCUCUCAAGGAAGAGAUUGAUUAUAUAAACAAAAGAAGUCCGUGGGUACAAGAGAAAGUCAACGAAGAACGAGAUCAGAUGGUAGAAAUCCAGAAGCAUCAAGACAGCACGGACACCGAGCUUGCAGGUGCACUUGCUAUGCUAAGGGCAAUGGAAGACAAAUACGAGAAAGCUGAUGGCAAUGCGGAAGAUGAACGGAAUAAACUCGAUGCGGAAGUGGAUCAAGUCCGGCAAGAAUUAACAUCCAUAAAUGAUGAACUGUCGAGAUACAAAAUGCAUUACACGUCGUUCGUUCACUCACUGCAUGAUUCAAGACAACGGCUUAACGAGAUGGCCGACGAAUCAGAAGUUUUAGAUGCCAGGCUUGAAAAUGCUAAACAUGCAGAAAAAGUUCAGGAAGCUAAGGUUGAGAAUUUGAAGGGGAAGAUUAGAGAACAAGAGAGCGAGAAGAUGAAAUUAAUGGAAGAAAAUACAAAGCUAAAAGUGGAGAAAGAUGAGCAGAAAACGGAGCUUGAAACGCAGAAUGCAAAGUUGGAACUUGAGAUUAAAAAACAAACUCAGAAACUGCGGGAGCUUAUUGCUACCAAUCGGGCAUUGGAAAGAGAAAUAAGAAACAUCAGAAAGCUGAUUAAUGACUCGCUUAAAGAGAAAGAAGAAGGAGAGAAAGUUGUAAAGCGAGCACUUAUGGAGAUGACUAAGAUAAGCAGCGAAGGAGAGAUUCUCGAAGAAGAAAUCAGCAAAGUGAGGUUGGUCCACGACAAACUCACAACAACGCUUGAACGCGAAAGGGAGAAAUGCGAACGCAUCGAAGAGGACUUAAAAACGACAGCAGAUUCUUUAAAGAAACAGCUCAAAGACGAGUCACACGCAAGGACGGUUCUACAAGCCCGAAUAACAGCUGAUAUCUCUGACCUUGCAAAAACCAAAGCUGAUGCUAGUAAGAAGAAGGAAAAAGGCACGAAAAGGUCUGAAGAAAUCGAUAAGGCAGUCACUAGCAUUAAAGCCCAGGUUGCGAAAAUGGAGAAGAUUCACGAAGAGAGAAAAAAGGUUAUUGGUGAUCUGGACUCACUCAUAGAGCAGGAGAAUAAACAGCAUUCCCAGAAUCAAGGGGAAUGCAAUACUGAAAUUAAGGGGCUGGAGCCAAAAGAAGCUGAUCUUAAGGAAAACAAGAUGAAAUUGUGCAAAGAACUGGACGAAAUGGAAUGGCGCACUGAGAUGAUUGAGAAGCGAAUGCAGGACAUGGCAUCCUCAUCUGUCAUGAUGAACAGAGCACUGCUUUCAACUCAAGAAGCCAUUGAAGAACUCAGCGAGGAACUUAACGAGCUCAAGAUCCAGCUUCAAGCUGGACAGGGCAUCAAAGAAACGUUGGAAGAGACGCUUGGACAGCUUAAAGCAAGAGGUUCGAAAGGGGAGCAGGAACACGUUGACCACAUGGAUAGGAGAGAGCGUACUUUGCUUGGAUUACAGGACGGUAUGCAAAAGUCCCUCACAGAGAACACACAACUUGCCAAGCUGUAUUCUUCUAUGCAAAACGAAUUCAUGGCUGCAAAAGACAAGCUUUUAACUGUGUAUGAAAAUGCCUUGCUCACUGCGAAUGGCCUGAAAGACAAAAAGGAGCUGUUCGAUUUCCGCACCAGACUUCACAAAGCUCUUGAAUGCUAUUACAAAUUACGUGGUAUUCAAACACGUGCUGGCAUUCUUCGCUUUGAGCAGCUGACAGAUGAAAACGGUGAAAGACUCGUGCAAAUACAAAACUCUUUACAAGACACUUUAGACAAUAUCACAGGAUUCUUAGAAGCAAACAAUGCGUCCCAUCAUUCUAUUCGAAUCCAAGCGGAAGAGACCGCGAGAAGACGAGUAAAUAUUUCCGCGUAAAACAAAAGGAACAGUGUAUAAAAAAUAAAUUUCUAGGCUAUGGUAGGAUGAUAAAUUUGUCUCCCACUCAACCAACUUCGGCAACUUGAUAGAUAAACGUGUAGAGCAUAUUUUUUUUAAUCAGGAAACUAUUUUUCAAAACCCCCUUGUAUAUAAUGGUUAUUUUCCAUGGCCUUGCUACUUUUAAAGCAAGUUGUUUUAUGUGUAAAUUUAAAUUUUAGAUUAUUUGAAUAGAACAGAGCUUUGUUGGGCUAUGUUGUGAUUUGUCGCAAUAUAAUUACAAAUAAUUAUGAUGAAAUUGAAAGAUAAGAUUAUUUUUUUAGUUUCUAAUUUGAUUUGCUUCCUGUACACAUAAAUCUUUAAAGACAUAGAAAGCGUUUGAUAAUAAAAGGAAGGCCAA